AGCGAAGGUAUAAGGGUGAUUUUUUCCCCCGUAUGAUCAAUAUAAAUUUUUGUUUAAAGCUGAAUAAUGCUUUUGUCUUCAAGAUAACAUGUUCGUAUUCGGCCGGUUCCUAUCGUGAUGGAGAGGCCUUGUAUGCGGGGGAAUUGGAAGCGGGGCGGGGUUUAUAUGGAGGCAUCCAUGGGCAUCUAUCUAAUUUGGGUCCAAGAACUUUCUGGGCCUCCUUUUAAUAAAACUGUGCUACCGAGAUUUAGGAAUUACGUGGCCAUUACCUGAGACUUGAAUCUUGUUUGGGGUUUACCUAAGGACCAACAGGCGACCCUCGGAGUUUGGGCGCGAAGCGAUAAACUCCUGGAGCAACUUCGUAUUGACGUAAGAAUGGCACGCCGACCAGUUAUCGCAGUCGCCGGCUUGGCCUGUGAGACAUCGACCUUUACACCAUCGAGAACACGCGCGCCGGCAUUUCACCCUCAACGCGAUUCGGACAUUAUAAAGAAGUACCCGUUCAUCCAACCAGGUUCGCCGUUAGGAGAUGCUGUUGAAUGGCGAGGCGCCUUAAUUGGGCAUGCCUUACCGGGUGGUAUUGUGACUAGAGAUGCAUUUGAGAUGUUGUCGGCGGAAAUAGUCAAUCGCCUUACUCAGAUAGUGGCUUCGACGAAACUCGAUGGACUUUGGUUCGAUAUACACGGCGCUAUGUGCGUUGAGGGGCUUUAUGAUGUAGAAUGCGAACUCCUGAAGCGAUGUCGUGGGGUUAUUGGGCCUGACGUCUUGGUAUCGGCGUCGAUGGACUUACAUGGUAAUGUUUCGAGACAAUUAGUGUGCCACACGGAUUUAAUUACCUGUUAUCGCACAGCGCCUCAUGUAGAUGUCGCUGAGACGAAAGAGCGCGCUUGUCGUAACUUGCUUCAAUUGAUUCAGCGGAAAGCGAAUGGCGAAGAGACUGUGCGACCGCUAAAGGCUUGGAUACCGCUACCGAUUCUACUUCCUGGUGAGCAGACUUCGACGAGGGAUGAGCCAGCUGCACAUAUAUAUGCUGCCGUUCCUGAAGUUGAAGCUAUGGAGGGGGUAUUAGAUGCGGCGAUUUGGGUUGGCUACGCUUGGGCUGAUGAGCCUAGAAACCGUGCCGUGGUUGUGGUGACUGGUUGGGAUAAAGAAGCGAUCUCUAAGGGCGCUACAAAACUGGCGCGCUUAUUCUGGGAUUCGCGUAAGGAUUUCACUUUUGUUGCACCAACAGGGUCGUACGAAGAAUGUCUAGAUGCUGCAUUGGCAUCUGAUAAGCGUCCAUACUUCAUCUCAGACUCUGGUGACAACCCCACGGCUGGAGGCUCUGGCGAUGUAACAUGGGGUUUAACACAAUUGCUUGCGCGUCCUGAAUUCAAGACCGAAUCAGGUCCGAAGGUUAUCUAUGCUUGCGUGCCAGGGCCUGAGGCGAUCCAAAAGGCAGUGGAAGCUGGUGUUGGGGCCAUUGUGACGGUUACAGCUGGGGCGGAAGUAGAUGAUAUUCAUGCGGGACCAAUCACAAUGACAGGUCGGGUUCAUUCAAUAAAGCAUGGCGAUAGGCAUGCUGAGACCGAGGUUGUACUUCAAGUUGGCAGCGUAUUCGCGAUCCUGACUAAGUUGCGCAAGCCUUACCAUCUUGAGAAAGACUUCACCGAGCUCAACCUUACCCCUCGUUCGGCGGAUAUCGUAAUUGUGAAGAUUGGAUAUCUGGAGCCAGAGCUCUAUGCCAUGGCGAAGGACUGGAUGCUUGGCCUCACCCCGGGCGGUGUAGAUCAAGACCUGGAAAGGCUGGGUCACAAGCGCAUCCUUCGCCCGAUGUGGCCAUUUGAUCGCACGGUUGAAGAUCCAGAUCUCUCUGCUCAUCUGAUCCCGAUGUCCAAUACGUUGUUAGAUUAGUAGGAAAGCUUGGUUAUGUCGCGAUGAUCGUCGGUCCGAAAUGUUACGGACAAGAUUUCUCGGGAGAUUCUCAGCUGCUUAUCUUUUCGUUCUCGGACUUACAGAACUCCAGGAUCGGUUAAGCAUCUAAGAAAUAUAGUGGUUUAACAAUUGUAAUUACGCUAUUAAGGUACUGACGUAAUCCAAGAAUUUUAUUAGGGAGGUAACUUUUGAUGUUGUAUUUCUUAGGUUUAGAAUGGCGACCGGAAACCGUGAGAAUUGGUUU